AUGACAUGGGCCGGCGAUGAUUGUGUGUUACAAGGCUCCAAUAUGGUAUUUGAGCGUGACACUCCUGAUGGGGUCUGCCAUGAUAGGGUCCAAAAUGGUAUGGAGAUGGAAGAGGAGAGGUUGAUAGGUGAGAAGAAGGCAGUUUCUUCAACAGAAGUGAAGAUCAAGAUUUCCAAGAGGCAAUUAGAGGAACUCCUAGCGAGAUUUGACAUCCAAGGGAUGUCUGUAGAGCAAGUACUGACUCAGUUGAUGAAUAAGGGCAGCGGUGGAUGCGUUGUAAGGUACCAGCCGUGGCGGCCCACUCUCCAAAGUAUUCCAGAAGGGAAUUGA